CAACCAUCCUCGUCCAUCUAUCACGAAACCACUCCUGAUCUUUCCCCGUACGCUUCAACCUCUUCCGAACUUCCUCACUUUAUUUCCGUUCGCUUCCCGAGUCGUCUUCACCCCCUUCAGUCCACAUCCCAACUCAUACCCAUUAUGGCAAACGGUGCCGACCUCCGGACCCAGGUCUCUGAGCUUCACAACGCUCUCAAUCGGAAACAGUUUGAUGCGGCCAACGACCUUCUCAGUCGCGCCAAGCGGACCCUCCUUCUGCAGAAUGCCCUCAUCCCCACAUCGUCGACAUCACCAGAGCUGAUUGCCCUUGCCCGGGAGGUGCUGGAGCUCGGCGCUCUGUCCUCCAUCCGCCAAACCGACGCACCCUCUUUCACACGUUACUACCAGCAGCUGCAGCCUUUCUACGACCUGGAGAGAGACAGCGCCAAUGCUGGAAAGGUGGACUUCAAGACCAGCCAACGCAGCAAGAUCACGGGGCUAUACCUUCUGCUGUUGCUGAGCAUGGGCGACAGCACGAGUUUCCACACAGUCUUGGAGGGUCUGGUUGAGGAGGCGAGUCUGAAGGGCAAGAGCAUUGAGGACGACCCAUGCAUUAAGUACCCGGUGGAGCUGGAGAGAAACUUGAUGGAGGGCAGCUACGAUAAGGUGUGGAGAGAGACCAAGUCCGAGAGAGUUCCUUCAGAGGAUUUCGGCUUGUUCUCGAAUGUUCUGGUUGGAACCAUCCGCAGCGAAAUCGCCGACUGCUCCGAGAAGGCGUACCCCUCGCUCCCCAUCUCCAACGCCAAGAACCUUCUCUUCCUCGAGUCGGAGGGCGCGGUCAUUGAGUUCGCCCAGCAGCGCGGAUGGGUGCUUCGUGACGGACGGAUUUACUUCCCUGUUGAGCCGGAGGCCGCGACGCGGUCCGAAAAGGACAUCCUGGUGGCCAGCACCGCAAUCAUUGAAAACGCGAUCGGCUACGCUCGCGAACUCGAGACGAUUGUUUAAUGUAAUAGAUUUAGUCACGGAUUUUUUUUUUUGCCUGGGGGUUUAUCUCUUGUAUACCGUCGCCUUGCA